CUACCCAGACACUCCAGCCCCCUCCCAGCGCGGUGCAUGUGGCGGUACGUUUCCCAGCAAGCCCUGCGGUUGGUGAGCCGGCGGAAGCGGGUAUUUGCGAGGCGUGGCGGGUUGCUGCGCUCAGACAGGCCCGUUGGCGCGGAGUGCGCGCCUGGUGAAACUCAGGGCGAGGCGGGCUCUAGCGGUUUCCGAGCCGCCCACCUCUUGCGGCGGCUUCAUGAGGCCUCAGGAGCCGGCGCAGAGCGGCGCCGUCGCCGUGUCCCCGGCGGUGCUGGAGACGCUGAAGCAGCGGGCGGCUGAGUGCAUCGAGCUGAGCGCCGGGUGGCUGAGCGCCCUGAGCCGGGAGAUCUGGAGCCGCCCCGAGCUGGCCUUCGAAGAGCAUCAGGCGCACGGCGCCCUGACCCGCUUCUUCUCCUGCUCCGAGCUGCCGGGGGCCGCCUGGGCCGUGCAGCCGCACUACAAGCUGGACACCGCCUUCCGGGCCGAGUGGGGCCCCGCCGCCCCGGCCCUGCGGCCGCUGCACUUGGGCUUCUUGUGCGAGUACGAUGCGCUGCCCGGGAUCGGACACGCCUGCGGCCAUAACCUCAUCGCCGAGGUGGGGGCGGCCGCGGCCUUGGGCGUGAAGGGCGCCCUGGAGAGUCUGCCCCAGCCGUUCCCCGCCGCGGUGAAGAUCACAGUACUGGGAACUCCUGCAGAAGAAGGUGGAGGUGGCAAAAUAGAGCUCAUAGCAGCUGGUGCUUUUGAUGAUCUGGAUGUUGUUUUUAUGGCCCAUCCAGCACAAAGUGAUGCAGCUUAUUUACCCGAUGUGGCUGAGCAUGAUGUGACUGUGAAAUACUAUGGAAAAGCUUCUCAUGCUGCUGCUUAUCCUUGGGAAGGAGUAAAUGCAUUAGACGCUGCUGUUCUUGCAUACAACAAUAUAUCAGUUUUAAGACAGCAAAUGAAACCAACCUGGAGAGUUCAUGGUAUAAUAAAAAAUGGUGGCGUGAAACCUAAUAUCAUCCCUUCUUACACUGAGCUAGAGUUUUACUUGCGUGCCCCUUCACUGAAGGACCUCACCAUUCUGACAGAGAGAGCUGAAAAUUGCUUCAAAGCUGCAGCUGUGGCCACAAAAUGCAAAGUGGAAAUCAAAGGUGGAAGGCAUGACUACUACAAUGUGCUUCAGAACAAGAGUCUGGAGAAAACCUACAUAGAGAAUGGAAAAGAGCUUGGAAUGGAAUUCCUUGCAGAUGAGUCUUUUUUGAAUGGUCCAUCAGGUUCCACCGACUUUGGGAAUGUUACAUAUGUGGUUCCUGGGAUUCAUCCCUAUUUUUACAUUGGCUCAGAUGCAUUGAACCAUACCGAGCCAUACACUGCAGCUUCAGGUCCCAAGAACUUUAGUCGGCCUAGGCCUUCCGACUAUGAAGGGAAAGCACACAAGAGCAAAGCCAGUGCUGACUGCAAUCUCUAAUAAGUCAAAGGACCAUCAACUACCAAUGAAGAGCUCCAGACAGGACCCUCUCUCCACAGCCGUACCCAGGCAGUCCCAAAAGGACACACUGGAUCUGUAAUGGCACUGAAUCUGGCAGAACGACAACCGGGACUCCUUGUACUACAGGAAGAACUGUGACAUAUGCUACCACAAAGGAUAUCUUAGUCUUCCUAGUCCUCCAAUAUCCUCUUCUUUCAAGCCUGGUUCUUCUGAAUUACAUAUUUAUCCCAGAAGAGGAUGCGCCUGAAGAAGUCAUUCCCUUAUUUCUUCACAAGCUGGAAUUUACUCCCACUGAUACUGGCAGUACCAUCAUUGGAGUUAGAUAUGGCAUUCUUAUUGGCUGAAUCCGAUGCUUAAAAUGAACAUAACUUAAGGAAGUUAGCACAGACAGGGCUUCCAAGAGAUCGUGGGUACCCAAUGCCCUAGGGUCCACCCCAACCAACCUUUGACCCUUCAGAUUGACCCUAUUGGGAACCCUGGGACCCUUAUGCACUAUACCCGAGAUCCAUAUGCUCUAUCAGAGACUCUCACCAUCUCUUUCCUUUUGGAUGACAACAGCCAGCUCCACAGGAUACGUGGAAGAGGAAGAUUAUGAAUUAGAUCCACCAUGCGGUACCCCAAGUAUAUCAUCUUCCUCACCGGAUGAGACAAUUGGCCCUUCUUCAGCCCCCUCGUGACCAUAGGCAAUAACAAGGGCUAUUGCAAAGGGUGGCAGCAGAGCUUCAGAUUUUUUUAAGGAAGUUCAAGAUACUCAACCCAAGCUCUUGAGCAUUCUGCAGCCCACCAGACCCAGUUGGGUAGCACUCCCAGCAAAUGCCAUUAUGGAACCAGUUGGAGUGGUAUGGCAUUCACCCACAAUGUGUACCUCUAUUCCUAAAAUGGCUGAGAAACACUACUUUGUGUCUGCAAAAGGAGCAGAAAUCUUUAACUCGCCCUGAUUCCAGACUCUCUAGUAGUACAAGCAGCUAUGGAAAGAUUUAAGGCAGCAACACGCCAGGGCUACUCCUUCCGAUAAGGGAGCUAAACAUCUUAACCUUCUGGGGAGGAAGGUAUUGACAUCCACCAGCCUUCUAUUCAGAAUUCCUAACUACUAGACCCUGUUAGCGAAAUAUGAUUUUAUGAACUAUUCAGUUACUAGAUUUCAAAGAUGAAACUCCCCAGGACAGGGCUCAAUUCCCAAGCCCUUUGUUGAGGAAGGUAGACGUGUCUGUAACCUCUCAUUCUGCAGUGGGUGCAGCCGAUACCACAUCAAAAUCUAUGAUGACUGCAAUAGUAAUGCAGUGGGAGUCAUGGCUCCACUUUUUGGGGUUUCCCAGGGAGGUUCAAAACAGCACAGAGGACUUGUCCUAUGAAACCAAUCUCUUCAGUGAGAAGGACCAUCACUUUACACUUAUUUAAAAACAAAAAACAAAAUCCUACACACUCCAGGUCAACCUUCUCUUCCCUGGGCACCUGUAUUCCAGCUUUGAAGAGGAAUCACUGCAAACAAUCAUAUAUGCCAAGGGCUUUACCACAGCUUUUCUACCACCAGUGACCAUACAAACCACCCUGCAAGUGACAAAAAGGUCCAGAGGCCAAGAUAGGCAGGAAGCAAGGAAAUAAAACUCCAAAACACUUAAAGCAGAGUUAAGAUUAAAUUGCAUCGUUUAUCUAUAUGCAUUCCAUCAUGGCCCCUUCAAGCUUGUUAUAAAAAUGGAGUGGCAAAGAGGAGGGUGGAGCUGGUGGUGUGUGUGGCUGGAUGCGCAGGGCUGGGAAUGUGGGGGCAGAGCGCUUUACUGCAUUUACUGUUAGAUGUAGCUGUACUGAAUGGUGGAGGGAUUAGCUGGAGCAGGUUGGCACAGCUGUCACUGUGAUAUGCAGAAUAGUGCAUGUGUACCUUGAGGGAUCAACUAUGCCUCAUUUAGUGCUGAGUUCUCUAGGCUGUGCUAGUAACAGUGACCAACGGUGGUUUUGUCAUGGGGAUUGUCAAUAUGGGGGGUUUGGCAUAUGUGACUCUGGGGCUUAGUGAAGGUAGUGUGUCAGAAGCAGUCCUCCGGGCAAGGGUGAAGAAGUGGUAAUGUUUGUCACCCAAGCUAAAACUGAGUUUUGCUUUAACCAAAAUGUCCUACAGUUGUCAUGUGUUCUGGUUCCAACCCAUUCUGGAGAGAGAGAGAGAGAGUGUGUGUGUGUGUGUGUUGGGAUGUCACUUGAGGACAGCAGAGAUAAAGGUGCAUUGCAGUGGUGG